GAACGCUGCUGGCACGCGCUUUUUAUGCCCACCGUCCGUGUCGGAAUACGCCACCUACCUACCAGCCUGCGACGGCCAUAUAAUAACGGCCUUCGCCUCCUACCCACGAAUUUGUUCCCCUUCGCGACCGCGCGGACAGACAGAGAAAAGAAAGAGUCUCGCACGUUUGCUCGCCGGAAUCCUCCCCCCGACCACACCGCCGCCGCCGCAGCAGUUGAUGGAUUUCGGAAGAACCGCCGCAAAAACCAGCAAGAACGAAUUGAAGAGCAGUGCAUCCCUACGCCCCUUCGGCCUGCCCUUUCCAGCGACCCCCUCCACGCCGUGGUUCAGGGAGCUGUGGGUCAACGCCUCAAAAUAACAGACUCUGCAAAGGUUUGGAGCAAUUCUUGAUUGAUUCAAGGAAGUAAAGCAAAGGCAACCCAGCAUCCUUUCGGCGAGCAUUGGGGUCUUAUCUAUUUUUGAGCUAAAAUAAGACCAUUAGAAGAAGACUGUCAACUGUAAACAUGCAUAGGCAAAAGAUCUCCAAUUCUGGGUGGGCUGCUUUCGAUCGCAGGUUGCGCGGCACAGCUGAUGGAGGGGAAGUUGUUGAUGCCAACAAAUUUCCUGCUCUCGCGAGUUCGAGGGGCUCCAGUUUGGCUAGCAGCUCAGUUGCAGAAAGUAAUAAUAUGCCAAAGGCAAAGCCUUUUGCAUCAGUGAUUCGCCCCCCUGUUGAAUGUGCAGCUGUUAGUAAUGACAAGAGAAAUAAGCAUUUGAUGGACCACACACAGAAAACAAACUUUGGUGUAAACUCUGCAUCUGACAAUAUUAAGCUCCUGAAGGAUGCUCAUAGUUGGGCCGACAGUAAUUUAAUUGAGGAUGUAUUGGCCGGUGUGAAUAAUGAUGUAGGCCAAGCAUCUGUUUUGUUGAAAGCUAUGGUCUCUCCUGAUUUGUUACCAGAAGAGGGUAGAACAACUUGUCAGCCUGCUUUUGAGAUGAAUAAAGCACACGGUUUAGCGUCGGAAAAUGCUACAGCGGAGAGUAAAUAUCCAAAUGAAUCGAAGUUGUUACCAUUGCAAACUGUUGUCUCUAUACCCCUGGAACCUGAAUUGGAAGAGUUUGAUGAUGAUUACUUAAACCACCGGAAAGAUGCACUGAAGAUUAUGAGGGCUGCCACAAGGCAUUCUCAGGCUGCCAGUAAUGCAUUUCUGAGAGGUGAUCAUGCUGCUGCCAAGGAGCUCUCCCUCCAAGCUCAAGAAGAGCGGUCCGCUGCUGAAAAGUUAAAUAAUAAGGCAGCAGAAGAAAUAUUUCACCUCAGGAACAGAAACAACGGGAUCUGGAAGAUUGACAUGCAUGGUCUACAUGCAUCAGAGGCUGUAGCUGCACUGGAGAGGCAUCUGCACAUGUUAGAGUUCCAGCCACCAGGAAAUAGUCCAGCUUCAACUGAUGAAUUUGAUAAGUCAGAACCCACAAUUGCUGGCUCAGAUGAGGUUCCUGCAGAUAAGGUGGUGGUGCUUCUUCGUCCUAGACAGUCUGUGUUAGAGGUGAUCACAGGGAUUGGCAAGCACAGCAAAGGACAGGCUUCACUGCCUGCCGCAGUUAGGGGCUUCCUUAUUGAAAAUGGGUAUCGAUUUGAUGAGCUGAGGCCUGGUGUCUUCAAUGUUCGUCCUAAAUUCCGCCGCCGCUGAACCCUGGGAAGACUGAACCAUUAGAUCAAGUUGUAUUAGUUUGGCAAAAAAUAUCUGUGAAAUAUGCUCUGCCAGCAAAACAAAAUAAUAGAGAUUUGGCUAUUCAUUGUUCAUGUAUCUUGCAUGUAACAAAUUUAUACAGAUGUUAAUAUUAUGUUGUAGCCACGUAAGGAGAGAUGCAAACUGUACAUAAUGACAAUAUGGUCACGUUGUAAUAUAUUUUGCUUAGUGCUGGAACAUGAUUUGUGGUUCUCUAUGGUA